GUCCCGCGUAUUCUGACAUCACUUCCGCAUUUGAAAAGGCCUCAAGUAUCACACAAAAAUAUACCUAUUUGGAAGUUGGAAGUAAAGCAGUGUGUUAUUAAUUCUAAUCGAGAGUUUUAAUUAAUGUGAUUUACUGGACUAACAGAAACAAUGAGUAAGAAGUGCGCAAAGUGCGAGAAGACGGUUUACCCGACAGAGGAGCUCAAAUGCUUGGACAAGUUUUGGCACAAAGCAUGUUUCAAAUGCGAGGUUUGCAACAUGACCUUGAACAUGAAAAAUUACAAAGGCUACAACAAGAUACCAUACUGCAAUGUUCACUACCCCACCACUUCCUUCACUGCUGUAGCAGAUACACCUGAAAACCAGAGAAUCAAACAGAAUACCAAAGUACAGAGUAAUGUCCAAUAUCACAGCGAAUUUGAGAAACAGAAAGGAGCUUACACACAGGUCGCCGAUACCCCCGACAUGUUACGCCACCAGCAGAACACCAAAAAUAUCAGCCUGAUAGAAUAUCAUCGAAAUUUCGAGGAAUCCAAGUCCCAAUUCACUUGUGUUACAGAUACACCAGUCAUGAAAACACAACUCACCAAUACCAAAAAUGUCAGCUUGAUUGAGUACCACAAGGAUUUUGAAAAAUCCAAAUCUAAAUAUACCCAAGUAGCUGAUAGUCCAGAGAUCCAAAAAUAUCUCCAAAACACCAAAAAUAUUAGUUUGAUUCAAUAUCAGAAGGACUUCACUGAUUCCAAAGGGAGUUGUUACCAGGUCCCCGAUACUGUAGAAAUGUUAACGCACCGGCGUAACACAGAGAAUGUCAGUCGGAUCAAAUACCAUGCUGACUUUGAGAAGAUGAAGGGUAAGAAAUUGACGGUAGUGGAUGACCCAGAAACCAUGCGGAUCAAACAGAAUACAGCCAUACAGAGUCAAGUAGAGUACCACAAGGUCAAGGACCAGCUUAACGAAAUGGAAAUACGGCGCCCAGACCGAGAGGCUAGAGAGGGUCCUGCUCGUCCCCAGCCUGGAAAAAUUAGCAAUUACGAACCCGAGACUAACACCGGAGGCACCCCCUACUCAAUGAGAAACUCCCAAGCCCGCGUUGUUUACGACUCUAACAUCGGCAAAGAUAUGGAAGGUCCAGGUGUUCAAGAGGUGGAGGACGUCCCCACGCGUCGGGUCGGGUCAAUUUCUGAUUAUGACCCGAUGAACAAUCAGUUUGGAUCCAUCAGCAGAUACAGUGGAGGAGACCCAGAACCGCCCAGAGGAUACCAAGCCCCACCCCCUCAAAGUUACCAGCCCCCUCCCCAACAGAGCUACCAACCCCCUCCCCCACAGCCAGCCAUGCCUCCACCCUCAGAAGGGAUGGUGUGUAAAGCCCUGUACGAUUACACGUCGGCUGACGUAGACGAAGUCUCGUUCCAGGAGGAUGACCUAAUUAUCCAGUGUCAGCCAAUCGAUGAGGGCUGGAUGGAGGGCACGGUCAAACGGACGGGACAGCGCGGAAUGCUGCCCUCUAACUACGUGGAGCCUGUCAACUAGGCCAACCAUUAUUUAGGAUUCAAUUUAUCAAAGUUAUUAUAAAAGUUGAAUGUUAUUUCUUAAAUACUAGCUUUUAUGAUGUUACCUCCCUUUUAUCUCUGUACAUACUAGAUAUCUCUCUGUGUAUAUAUAUAUACAUUAUUGCUGCUUUAGGUUUUAUAUUACACACUUGUUUUAAAGCAGUGUUCUUGUCAGACAGUUGUUUUCCCCCUCAGUUUUCCUCUAUAUUAAUAUAAGGAAAAUAUGCAUGAACUGUUCACAGCUUUUAUUUUUUCUUUGUUUUCUUUGUUCAUUGUAAGAUCGUGCAAUUCCUGUAGAAAUAUUAGUUCUUUUCCUUAAAUGAAAAUUUUUUCAGCCUUUCUCCUUAAGCUUUGUAACAUCGCCCAGGCAUUUGUAAAUGUCGUAAACCCAGCCCUAAAUUAUUUGUUCUAUCAUGCAAUGAAUCAGUAUUAAAUACAGUACAGAAGUGGACACAGCCAUGCUGGAAAGAGUCUUAUAAAAAUCAUGUGAAUAGUCUUUUAAUAAAAUUCAUGUGAAUGAUAUUUGUACAAAGAUAUGACAUAUAGCAUUAUUCUAGGUUAUUUUAUACAGGGAGUUUGCAACUUGGUGCAAUCUAAAUAGGAACUCUUAUCCUUGUUAAAUCCUGGUGACUUUCAUAAAGUAUACAAUGUUAAUUAUAUGUGUACAUUUUAAUUUCCAAUAACUGACACAAUUGGUGAACUAAAUAUGAUCGAUUUUCUUUUGGGCAUCCUCACAUUUAUGCAUAUACGUAUAAUACAUGUAAUAUUUGAAAAUUUAAGCUUUAUUGCUUUGUAAUUUGCUGGUAAAUUAUUUUAAUAAAAACGCUGCCAGUUGUUGAACAAAUUAAGAGCCAGCAGUUUAAAUUGUUCUGUUGGGUUUAGUUACUGGAAUGUUUAUUGUAUACUAUGGUUCAUCUUAUCGCCAUUUUUUGCACAAUUUUUAUCCAGCUAGCGUAACAGCAAUUUUUUUUCUUCAUAUUUUUAUCCUUGAUCUGUAAAGCAACCAAAGACAAUUUUUGAAUUUUUAGAUUUUGAAAUUUGUAAAAUUUUGGAAAAUAUGAAACUAAAAGUAAAUAUGAUUUACUGUCUGUGUAGCAAAUCAAUUUUUUUUUUUCAUAUUAGCAGUUGCUGUUUUGGUCUUAUGAGUAAACAAAAAUCUGUCAAUUUGUUACCAAUACAAUUAGAAUCAGUUGUAAUAGAUUAAAAAAAAAUAUAAGUUGCUGUUUUGUUUAAAGUCACAGACAGUAAAUUGAAUCAUGAUACAAGUAAUCAGAUUUUUCUCUGUACAAGAAAUAGAUUGGCUUGGUUUCAUACUGAAUAUUGAUUAAAAGAGAUAUGUAGAUAUUUUA